UUCUCCACCACUUGGCACUGUAAAGUAUAUACUUUUCAUGAAAGAAGAACCAUGCGUGGCUUGGCCUUGGGUUUGGAUACGUGAUAUUCUGAAGGUCUCUAGCUCCAACGGCGUUCGAUUACUUACUUCUUUGUAUUGAUGGCAUACGAUUCCAACCCUGAGUGAGGAGGAUAAAGAAAAGAACUCAUUUCUCACCUAAAGAUUCAAUUGCAAAAAUAAUGGAAAAUGUCAGCAGCAUAACACAACAAAUACCUAGCAAAUCCUCCCAUAAUAAUAAAAUCAUACGUGUAUGCACAUAUGAAAUAAAUGUGCGUAUUAUCAAACACGAUGAAAAUAUAUAACCCUUCAUGUUUCCAGCGUUAAGUAAGUCAGUUGCAAUUUACCACUUCAGGUCAACAUAUCACACCCUCUUUUUCCUCAGUGUGCAUAUUUUUCAUAACGAAAGCACCAUUUCAGAAUGGAGGACGACCCUUAUUCGACCGUUUGGCUAGAAGCGAAACCAGUUUCGCCAAGCAAAACAAAAAGUCCACAUCCAAACUCGAAGCACUCAAAGUUUUUCAGUAAAGCGGGACAAAAACGGUUAAGAAAAAUUUGGGAUGAUCAUAAUUUAGACGAGGAAGUCCUGUUUACGGGGAUAGCUGAGCCGAGUGACUCCUUCAUGAGGGAGAAAGUAUCCGACUAUGUGCAACACUACUUAUUUCGGAGGGCGAGACGGUUGUCUAUGGGUGGAAAAACGAGCAAAUCUCAACCUGCGAUUUAUGUCGGUAUGAAAGGGAAACAAAAAUUCAGAGAAUAUGAAGACUUUAUUAACAACAUAAACAAGGAACGCGAUAAAAUUCGAAUGCUUCAUGAAUCUGAGCGAAUAUCCGAGUUGCUGAUUACAGGAAGGAUUAAAAUUGCGCCGGAAGAGUUUCAAGAUAUUUUUAAGGAUCCUGUUUUCAAAGUGAACCGAUUAUUGGAGUCCGUUAAGAAACUGGGACAUUCAAAAAUUAAAGUGGACGUGCUACCUUUUGAAAUUCCAACAAUGAAGAUUAAAAUCCUAGAUGAUAACUUUAAAUUAAAAGAUCGUAGUAAGAUAGAUGAGAAAAAAUAUGCCGAUUUUAAUCCACCUAGAUCUAGCACAAGAUUAAAUUUAAGAGGAAAUGAUACUGUAGCAAGCAUUUCUGUUAACUCUACAUUUAACAUUGCGGAAUUGGAUGCCGUCUCAGCAUCUUCUGGAUUUAAUGAAUUUAGUAAUUCGAACCUGCGCGAUUCAGAAACACCGUAUAAUAAAAUUUCUACGUUGAGAGAAUCCUCAUCAGCAAGAAUGUUUGAAUCUCAGAAUAAUACUGCAGAUAAAAGUUUCCUGGUCGAAUUUCCUCCCUCAGAUGAUGAAAGAAGUCGCAGUUACAGCGUAAUUUCUGAACUGAGUGAUCAAGAAUUAUCUGCUUGUGCAGAGAAACAAUUUGCAACGAAAGGAAUUACUGGGGAUUUGGAGAUUUCGGCAGAAUUUUCAUAUGAACAUGCACCCCUAGAAAUAGCCAGGGAUCUAAAUGAUUGCAACUUGAUGUACAAGUUGGCGUCUGACAUCAUUCAAAUGUUUCAAAGGCAGGAAGUCGUCGGGGAUGAGUGGAUGGAAUAUUUUUCCCUCACGUAUUUCAAAUGACAAGUAAUGCUUAAUCAAAUACAGAUAAUCUGCACGAAUGUGCUGAUAUAGAAAAUCGAAGUACAAAUUGCUCCAUUUCGAUUGCGUGCUACAAAGUAGUUUAUGUAUACAAGAAAUAAUAAUGAGUUAUCAGAUGUACUGUAUUGGCGACUCAACAUUGUACAAAACAACCUACAAAUAAGAACCCAAGCACUGUUACAUAUGUCGCAAAAAUAAAUUAUAACUUGGCUUUCAA